AUGAGGUCAGCUGCUGCUAUCUCAGUGAAAGAAAGCAAUGGAACUUUUAUCAGCACGCUAAAUCUGCUGCUUUACAAUGACUCAUCAUACAUUCAGCAGCUGUCCAUUCCUGGGGCAGGACUGACCCUGAAGACACGGGUGUUUGCAGCUGUCAAAGCUACAAACCUGGACAGAAGAUGGAAUGUGCUAAUGGACUACUGUUACACUACGCCCUCUGGAAACCCAAAUGACGAGCUUCGCUAUGACCUUUUCUUCAGCUGUGAUAAGGACCCACAGACCACUGUCUUUGAGAAUGGGAAGAGCCAAAUGGGACGCUUUGCCUUUGAAGUAUUCCGCUUUGUGAAGCACAAGAACCAGAAGAUGUCCACUGUGUUUCUGCACUGUGUUACAAAGCUGUGUCGAGCGGACGACUGUCCCAUGCUUAUGCCAAUUUGUGGCAGCAGGAAAAAGAGAGACGUCUCAGUAGGAAAACAUUCAAGCAAGUCUUCAGGAAAUGCUGUUCUGACCGCCGGGCCCAUCAUUACUCGAAGUGAUGAAACGCCAACUAAUAAUUCUCAACUGGCCCUUCUGAAUGCUCCAGAAAUUCAAAUGAACACAGUGACCAGCAUACUCAUCUCAGGAGUGGUCGUUCUGGGUGUUAUAAGCAUCUGCAUUUCCCUCUUCUUCCUUGUGCUCCUGAAAGGCAGGAAUACUCUUGUCACAAGUUUGUCUGGUGUCCGAAAUGCAGCGUUCAACGGAGCGCAUUAACUCAACUAACCACAGGCUCAUCUCCAAACCCUGAGCAACUGGAGACAAGAUGCUUUUGUAUGUAGUUGUUCAAAGAGUGGCAGAAAUGUUGCUAAAGAAAAAAAAGUUAUGCAUUUUUUUAGACAUGUUCAAGUUUGUAUAUAACAGUAUAUUAUACAACAGAUGUUCAGAUUAUUUGAUGUAUUGGAGAUACUAAAAUGUAAUAAACACCGACCU